UGUAUUUUGACGGAGAUCAUCUGUUACGUCUCAAACUAGCGAAAGAGUUUGGUUAGAUUUUAGAGCGUAAAUUUCUGAAGUUGUUCUUUCGUAAAAAUGACCCGUGUACGGGGCAUGGCCACUUUUUUAGCUAAUCUAGUGUGGGUUAAUAUAAUGAUCAAUUUAAUCACAGAUUAUCAUGGAGGGAAAUACGAUCCGAUUGGGCCAUAUCCUAGAAUACCAGAUCAAAACAGGUUAAAGGUGGAAAUGGAGUUUGCAGAGCAGUUCAAGAAGUUAACCAAUUACAAGGCACCAAGAACACUUUUCAUUGAGGAUGAAAUUUAAUAAGAAAGAGAACCAAGUCAUUGUUGUAAUUUAAUUGUACAAAAUUCAAGAACGAUACUCCACUCGAUGACUACACUUAUCUGGGUUAUUGUUCUUUGUUACUCACAAAAUGUACAGUAGGAUGGAAUAAAUAGAGAAAGGAGGGAGUUGCGGACACAACUCUGGUGAUAAAUAAAAUAAUCUUAGGCUGGUAA